UGUGUGUCUCCCCUUUGACAGGAGGCCGAGCCGUGGCCACAGGUGGAGGGGCCCUGGUUGCAAUACCUGGCUGCGGCGUUUGUUUCCUCAAAGGCCGACAGAAAGAGAGAGACGUGAGUUGCCGGCGCCUCGCUCCACAUGCUCCAAGCACAGUGCCAUUGGAUACAAUAAGUUCAGUGACGGACCUCCAGCUCGCACCCUCCGCACUCCCCACGGAAAGUUUGCCCUCUGCAAGGGUGGGGAAAGUUAUUGGAACAAAUCAAGGAGCAGGUGCGUGCAUUUGCGCCUUCACACAUUUGAUAGGAGCCGAGAAUGUUGCUGUUAACGCUAUCCAGCUUGCUAAUAGCCCUUGUGGCGGCCGCUGAUUUCAAGGAGCCAUUCAACGCGACGGCGGCCGCCAGCAGUUGCGUGCGGCCGCCCGCGGAGGCGGACGCAACUGCUCUGGCCGCUCUUUUGCGCCUUGUGCCGCCUCUACCACUUCUCGGGGGCAGCAAUAACUACCAGUGCCGUCUCCACAGCCGCCUCUUUCACGAAGAGUUGAACCAGAUGAAGAUGUGGGCACUAAAGAUGUAUGAUGCCUCUAGCAAAAUUGGGUCAAGUCUAUUGAAUGGCAACCUGGUGCACCUCGGCGACUUCGAACAGUGCGUAUCUGCAGUGAGGACGCCAGAACACGUGGGAGGUGGACCCCGCAUCAGGGGCAAAUAUUGCGCCGCUUCUGUGUACCUCGAGCCGGUUGGCGCCGGUGCGAACGGCAAGUGGCGGGAGCUGCAUGCCAUCAUCGACCUGAUGAAGUCACACGAUGCUAUGAGCAACGAGUACCAAAACAACGAUCUUCACUUGCCAACAUUUAGCCCCGUCCAGCUGGGCUUCUGCAUUCCGGACAGCUGCGGUCACGAGGACCUGGAGGACAGUCUCAAUGAGAUGCUAAAACCAAUUAAUAUUUCCUCUGGGAUAGACUUUAAAGUGCGCCUGGGCCAAAAGUCGUGCCGAAAUGCGGAUGAAAACCAAGUCGAUCGAUGGACGGUCAUUACUAUCAUUUUCGUCGCAUCGCUGCUAAUGUUUGCACUGGCUGGGACUCUACAUGAGAAAGCGCACACAGCCGAAAACGGUGCUUUACUUCCUACGGCACAUGAAGGAACUUUCAGACGUCUGCUUUUGGCGUUCUCUCUCCGGCGCAACUGGCGCUCCUUGGUGGACACAGACGUGCCGGAAGAUGAGCUCAGCUGCCUGCAUGGCCUGCGCUGCUUCGCCUCCCUCAUGAUCUACGUCAUCCACAAAGUGGUUUUCAUCCUCUUUCACCCUUUCUCCAACCGCACGGACGUUUCAGACCUCCUCGAAGGCGACUGGACGAUGAUCUUUAGAGCCUUCUGGAACUGGGUAGACGCCUUUGUCGUGCUGAGUGGCCUGCUCACUUCUUUCUACGCGUUUAAGAAACUGCGAACGGGCCAAAGGCUUAACAUCCCAAAGAUGUACUUCCAAAGAUAUCUCAAGUUCACACCGAUGGUCUUUGUGUGGAGUUUGAUUCUGCAGAAUCUGAUGCAGCAUCAGGUGUCUGGACAGAACCUCGUUAGAAUCGUGGGACCUUACGUGGACAAUUGCAAACGCGGUCUUUUGCCCGUGCUGACCUACACGAGCGUUUUCAACGGACUCAAUAAGAUGUGUUACCCGCCAGCCCAUCAGUUGGUCACUGACAUGCACAUGUACAUCCUGUCACCGUUCAUCAUGUUGGGCAUCUGGAAGUACCCCAAGAAAGCGCCGUUUGUCUUCUGCGCCACGCUAGCUGUCCUAGCCGCUGCUAAGUACUCAGUCGUGAUGCAAAACCAACUCGGAUCCUUCCUCUUUUACGGCAUGUCAACGGAGACAAUGGUCAAAUCCGCAAACAUAAUCUACGUGAACGCGCUGCACCGGCUGACCCCUUAUCUUCUGGGUCUGGGCCUAGGGUACGUGCUGCAGAUUACCGACUGCAAGCAGGUGCUGAGUAGGGUGCAGAUGGCUGCCGGCACUGCCAUCGCCAUCGGCUGCGCGGCCUACAGCAUGUUCGGCGUGUCGCACUCGUCACGCAAGGGCUACAUCUACCAAGUGAACGAGGCCGCUGUGUUCGCCACCUUCCAGCCCCUGAUGUGGGGGUUCGCUCUCUGCUGGCUCGUCUACAGCUGCGCCACCAAGCACGCACCAGGGUGGCUUCUGCGUCUUCUCACCUGGCGAGGAUUCAUCAUUUACUCGCGCCUCUCCUACGCUAUCUACCUCACGCAAAUCUACAUUGUCGCGGUCAACGUGGGAAAUGCUGUUCACUCUAGCAGAUUCGGCGUCCACAGAAUAUUUGACAUGAAUGACAUUGCGAUGGUUGGAAGCGCCUCGUUGCUCAGCACCCUCAUCCUGCUGCUGCCCCUCCAGGACGUGUCCCUUUUAAUAAGCGGCGGAUAUAAGCCCCCGAACUACUCAAAAUACAUAAAGCCUUCUCCAGAGGAGCACAUUGAGGAAAAACAACAGGAGAGAGCGGUCAAGUGCCAAGCCGAGGAGUAAAUAAUAAUCGCGGCAGGCACCAUCCGUCCUGUUAUUAGUGAUUUAAGAAAGAAGAAAAUGUAUUUCCUCUUGCCAUUAGUUGAAACUACUUUAAGUGCGUGAGACAGAACUUAUCAAGUGUGGAGUGGGUACAUUAUUUACUCUUCUGAACUGGUCCAGGGAAUUCUGCGGCCGCAUAGUGCGCGCACAACUCUGGUGCACAGUGCGCGCGUGUGCGAAAAUGUUCUCGACACGGGCUAUCCUCUUGCGACUGAAUCUCCCCUCUUUAAUACUAUGUAUUUUUCAUUAUUUCAUCAUUUAAAUGGAAUGAAAAGUCCUACUUUAUUUAUGUAAA